UUUGAUGUGCUUUUUAGAUCACAUGUUUCAGAUGAGAUGGAUCAGAGUAUUCAGAAGAAUACGGUGAGAACAGGGUAAUUUUCAAACUGUGUUCUUAACCUUAAAUGCUACUUUUUCUUCCUCUUCUUUCUUUCUUUUUCUUAAAUUUUGUUAGUAUAAUGUUAUAAGUUGAAAGAAGUAAGAGCAUUUAUUUCUUUGCAUUUUCUGCCCUCUUGGAAUAUUACCGUAUACAUUAUGUUGUUGUGGUUAACUUUAAAAUUUUAUUGGUGGAGUGUUUUGAAAACUAUGAGGUAGAGGAUUGGUGGGAAGAAUGAUAGAAAAUGAGCGUACUUUUUCAUUCAUAUGCUCUCUAGGAAUGAUUUAGAAGUGGAAUGCAAGAAAAUGAUAUACCUACUUAGUUUUUGUCUGUAAUCUCGCCAUCCUUUUUGUUUUGCUGGAUUCAAAUUUGUUGGCUAAGGUAGCAAAUUCAUUUCAUCUUUUUCAUUUUCUUAGUAUUUAUAGUACCAAGUAAAAAGUGUUUACCAUGCAUGUACCCAUUUUCAGACUUAAAGAUCGGAUAAAGCCCAUUAUUGCAUUUUUUUGGCAGUAAUUAUGUGAUGCUAACUUUCUGAGGUAUUCAGUUCCAAUGUUGAAAAUUGUGUUCUAUUUAAAAUGUUAAUGGGUUAAUUCUAAGUAGGAACCCUCACAAUAGUCUUAACGAAGAUAUGAUUUUCUUUAAAUUCUACAGAAGUUUCAGUUCCAUGACUCAUGAUAUUAUUACAAAUCUUGUGAAUUUGUAAGUUUGUUUUAUGGAUGUUCUUUCAGUCUUCAUGUUGCUGUGGUAUAGUUAGUUAACAGCUAUGUAAGUUUGUAAGCACUUUGUAUGUAGUGCAAUGUUUUUUUUGUUGUUUACACUUACUGGUGUGAACAUAAAAAGUCUUGUAAGUUAUUACUGCCAGUGUCAUGGAAUGUUUUGAAAUAUUGAUGAAAGUACAAAAAUGUGGUCGAGUAUAGCUGAAUCCUUUCUUUUAUGAUGGUUGAAUCAAAAUUUAUUUUCAUUUUCUAUUAAUUUAGCUGCAUAAAAUUAAUUGUAUUUUGAGUUUGAACAUUUGGUUCCUUCAAAUUAGCUAUGGAAUCGGUGAUUUUGGUGAUAUUUAUCAUGAAAUUUUCUGUACCUGUCCAUUGUGGCAUUGAGUGGCCUAUGUUGGGAAUUAGGGUUUUGGAUCCUCUUUAGAAAUUGGAUUCUUUCCUUGCUUGUGUUUGCUAAAAGGCACGGAUCUUUGGCAUUUUUCCAUUAUUUGCUUAAUUCUGCUUUUUAUCUUCGGUGCCUCCAGAAACUAUAAAAAGAUUAAUUAGCCAGUACAUGAGUCAAAAGGUUCGUGCAAAAGCAGAAUCUGGAACCUGCAACGUGUGCUCUGCUCCUUGCUGAUCUUGUAUGCAUCUUAGUAUAGCUCAGAUGGGGUCAAAGAGUGAUGAGUUUCCUGAUGAAACUGAUCAUGUUGCUGUUGGAAGUCAGUAUUCUAUCAACGAGGAUAAAACAGGUGAUAGCUUAUACCAUAGGCCCAGUGAAGCAAGUAAUUUACUCAGUGUCAAUUCAAGUCAUGAUUCUUACUCUGAAAGUAUAGAAAGUAAAGCAACUGCAAGACCAUCUGAUGUAGCUAAUGCGAUGGUAGAUGUUGGGAUUGAUAGAACCUUCUCAAACAAGUCUGAAUCCAAAGGUGUUGAAAGCCAUGUUGAUAGUAUUUCAUGUCCUGGAAGAGCCAGUGAUGCAAAUAUAGCUUUUAGUUAUUCCAACAAGGAUUUAGACGGUAAGAAUUCAUCUCGUAGUGCAACAUCAGUUUGUAGUUUAGGAUCCGGAAAGGCACCCACAUCCGAGAAGCUAGAAUUGUCAGAACCUGCUUCUGUGAAAGAAGGCAGUAGUUCGCCUAGAAUCCAAACUCCAUAUUUACAUUCUGGAAGCAGCAAGAGUGCAGUUGGAGGCAGUUCUGAGAUUUCUCCCAAAAUCCAUCCAAAGUUAGAAGCAGAUAUUGACGACAAUGGCAGGGACCCACUGGAUAAAACUGGUAAAAAUUUGAAGGAAGAUGAGCUAGAUGAGUUGAAUGAGUUUGUUAAGUUACCUGACAAGCAGGAGUCUCCUUCGCAGACAGCUUCUGUGGAUGAGAGUUUUGAAUCUGAUGCCUCAGAACAUGAUGUUAAAGUAUGUGAUAUCUGUGGGGAUGCAGGACGAGAAGAUUUGCUUGCUAUAUGUAGCAAGUGCACCGAUGGUGCAGAGCACACUUACUGUAUGCGAGAAAUGCUUCAAAAAGUUCCUGAAGGUGAUUGGCUCUGUGAAGAAUGCAAGCUGGGUGAGGGAACUGAAAGCCAAAAGCAAGGUUUGGAUGCUGAAGGGAAAAAGGCAAAUAAACUUAGCUCUAGUACACGUAGCUUAGGUAAGAGACAUGCUGAAAAUCUAGAGGGUGCUUCGGCUCCAAAAAGGCAGGCUAUUCAAACAAAUAUGGGAUCACCAAAAUCAUUGAGCCCCAGCAGACUAUCUGCUUUCUCUCGAGAGGGUUCAUUUAAGAACUUAGACAAGGGUAAAGUAAGGCCAUCUCCGCAAAUUUCUCUCGGCAACCAUUCUGGUAAUGGUAUGCCAGAAGCUGUACGCACUCCCCCUUCUGGUCCACGGCUGCAAACAUCGAAGGGGAGCUUAUUGAAAUGCAGUUCAUUCAAUACCUUAAAUUCCAAACCCAAAGUGAAGCUUGUAGAUGAAGUUGUUAUUCAGAAACGGAAAGGUGCUAGAGAACAUGCAUCAUUUGAUAGCAAGGAGGAACCUGCUAGAAUCAUGGGGAAAUCAAUGUCAUUUAAAUCUGGUAACUCUGGACGGUUAAAUUCUGGGGAAUCAAAAGUUAAAACACUAUCAUCUAAAUAUCCUCAUGUUCAAGAUCUAAAGGGAUUAAAGCAAGUUAAAGAGCAGAUAUCAUCAGAAAGGAAAAAUAUCUCAAAAUUAAACCACUCUAGUUCUAGUGUCUCCACACCUAAGGUUGAUCAGAAACUGACACCUCGUGCUGAUGCAAUUUCUCAUUCAUCUGCAAUCAACCACCGAGAAACUAAGGUUGUCCAGUCUGAAGGAAGACCAAAUACUUUAUCAAGGUCAACCAGCAAUCUAGCUCGUAAAGGUGUAGACAAUGCAGUUUCUUCUGUUGUUUCAUCCACCAAUGGGCGCAAUUCUUCGGAACAGAAGGUAAACCCUGUAAGCCUGAAGGAGGAACCCUCAUCAAGUUCUUCACGGGCAUCUGAGAGGCAACCUAGUAACAAUAAUGGAGUCAUGUCAGAUGGCCUAUCUCAGUCAGUAGAUUCAAUAAAUCAGAGUGAGAAAUCAAGGGAGAGUAGUGUUAGUCGAUCCUCUAAAAGAGUUCCAUGUCUAACAUGCAAAGGAAUGGGUCAUACAGCUGAAUAUUGCUCAGUCUGUCAGGCAUCUGGUGCUGAUCAGUCUGCUCCUAGAACUUCUAGAGAAGAGAUAAAUAAAGGCAAUAAGUUGAAAGCUGCAAUUGAGGCAGCUAUGCGUCUGAAGCCUGGAAUAUGUGAAAGAACUUCUCAAGAUCCAUCAUCUGUUUGCGAUAAGGCAAAGAAUGUGAUUUCUGUUGAAAGUACAGAUGAAGGGAAAACAAAUAUUUGUAAUCACGCUUCCACAGCUAAUAUCAAGCUGCUUAAUUCACACUCCACUGAUGCUGUCUCUGUAGUUUCUUCUGUUGGCAAUCUUUCAGUGAGAGAUAACUAUGUCCCUCCUUUAGCCACAGUAUCAGCUGUUCCAAAGCUGUCAGCCAUCCCAGAACAUGAAUACAUUUGGCAAGGGGCUUUUGAUGUGAAUAAACUUGGCAAACCUCCUGAGCUUUGUGGUGGAAUUCAAGCCCAUAUCUCGACCCUUGCAUCACCCAAAGUGCUUGAGGUUGUCAAUUCUUUUCCGCACAAAGUUUCCUUGUACGAAGUACCUCGCUUGAGCACAUGGCCAGCACAGUUUCAUGACAGUAGUCCUAAGGAAGAUAAUAUUGCUUUGUACUUCUUUGCCAAGGACCUUGAAAGUUAUCAGAACAACUACAAGGUGCUUUUGGAUACCAUGGUCAAGAAUGAUCUUGCCGUCAAAGGAAAUUUUGAAGGUGUUGAGCUUUUGAUAUUCCCAUCCAACCACCUUCCAGAACAUUGCCAGCGGUGGAAUAACUUAUUAUUCCUCUGGGGUGUUUUCAAGGCAAGAAAGGCAAACUGUUCAAAUUCCUCAAAGAGCGUGUGCAAUCCUGAUGCAAGUAUGGUAUGUUUGGAGAAACAGAGAUCUAGUGAUAUUGCUCAGCCAGUAGAUAAUGAAUCAGCCGCAUGUGAUAGUUCGUGCAAUGUAGUUCCAGUAACCACUUCUGUUGAAAAGACAUGUAUCUCAACGGAUAGAGUUGGUGAUAAUAAGGUUGCUUCUUUUGAGCAGACAUUUGGGGGAAUAAAAGAAAAAUUGGAGGAGCAAGAUGUCAAAGUUGACACCAAAUUCUUGUCUAGAAUUGCAACAAGCAGCACACAGGUGCAACCAAAAAUGAAAUGCACUACUACUCUGGAAGAGAGCAAAUUUCCAGAUUCUCAAUCUGACACCGAGCUAAAACCUUGCCUUCUAGUUACUGAAACCAAUAAUGGUUCUUUCAAAGUUGAGAAAGUGGAAAUGCAUAUCGAAGAAGCUAAACCAUCUUUAAAUAAUUGCCCUACUGGAAAACAAGAGGCAGUUGUUGAGGAGAAGAUAGGUGGAGAUCCUGUUAAAAUUAGGGAUUCAAAGGUUGAUGUGUGUACUGAUGGAAAAACUUCAAUUAGAGAUCUUAACUCGUUGCAAUUGAAUCAUCCCAAAACCCCAUUCUUGGAUCUUACAAAACCAGUUCCCGAAGUUUCUACUGAUACAAGUCAAAAACUGCCGUGGACUGAGGUGAAGAGAGUUUCUGUAGGUAGAGGAUGUGAUAAUAAAAAGCUGAAGACGGGUUUCAGUGGGAUAUACCAGUAUACCAGUGCUAGAGAUCAAGUUCCUUUUAGAGAUGAUGGUUUAGCAUCAGAUAGACAUUAUCCAGGUUCUGGCUCUUUGGUUGAAGAGAAGAGGUGUGACAUUGCUUGUGAAGAAAAGAUAAUCCCCGAGGACAUGGGAAGUAGUGAAAGGUUUUUCUUUCCUGUAGAAUCACGUGGUCCUGGGGAAUUUCGGUUAGGGGACAAUUCCAAACCAUGGAAGGAGCUUUCCUUAAAGGACGAGGACCAAGUUCAUGACACCUCUCCUAAUCUUGAACUUGCUUUGGGAGCUGAGACGAGACCAUCAAACAAAGGAAUCCUGCCUUUCUUUGUAGGAGCAAUGGAAAAAAAUGACAACCGGAACACACCUCAAGAUAAGGUAACCAAAAAGCAAGAGGAAGACGAUGUAUCUGCCUCCCUUUCCCUUUCCCUUUCUUUCCCUUUUCCAGAGAUGGAGCGGAAUGUAAAACCCGUUCCUAAACCAGAGCAGCAGUUGCCUGAAAGACAUCCUGUGAAUACAUCGCUGCUACUAUUCCAGGGCUUCCCUGAAAAAUAAGGCUCCUGAUGAGGAGGGUCCUAGGUUGUUAAUGCCAUUACAGUUUCCUACUACAUGAAUGUGGUAAUAAUGUAUACUACUAUGGCCUUGCAUUGGGGUUUGUAGGAAAAUCCACAUUCCCAUCUGUUCAUAACCCAUACAGAACUUAGCAAUUAACUUCUCAUUUGUUUUUUUUUUGUUUCUUUUUUUUUUUCGAGUGCAUAGACAUAGUCGCGGCUGUUUGUAUAUAAAGAGAAUGAAAGCCAGCUUACUUCGGAAUAUCGACAAGAAAUUUGCAAACCGAUGCUUUGAUCUGUUGAAA